AUGCUUAGGCCUGUCUCAUUAGCUUCGUCAAUUCUAACGGCUGGAUUGAUAGUGACACAUAAACCCACAGUCAUCAGCAAUGACUCUUCAUCAAAAAGAAACUUCUACGAGGACGACACUGAGGUGACUCCCCUCCCAGGUACUGUGGUUCCAGCUCCAGCAUCGGAAAUAAAUUCCUUAGGCGAAAACAGGAUAAUUGAUGGAAUAUCUGUACGUACCACCACACCUACUGAAAAUUUCUUCAAAAGUGCCAGAGAAUUCACUUCAGCAAGAGUUUGCGACUUGUCAAACUGGCUAAACGGAAGCUACACCAAAUUCAAUGACACAGAAAGAUUUGUCACAUCAACGGUUAGCGACUUACACUACAAGAAGGAGGAUCUUUUACCUAAUGGUAUAUACGUGAUUGUUGCAGCUUUGGCAGGAACGAUUGCUGCAAGACCUCGUGGUGUGAUUGCCAAAACUACAUUUCCUGUAAUAGCCGGUUUGGCCGCUUUCAAGUACUUUUUGCCAGUAACAUUUGACAACACAAGGGAGUUUACUUGGAACUUGGAACAGAGGAAAGCACCACAAGUGGCAAAGCAACAAGCAGAUGCAUACAACAGUGUUGUUGGAUUGGCCAAAUCAAUUGAAGACGGUGCUGAGCAGAGUGUCAGGCAUGUUGAAAGUAGAGCACAGUCUUUGAGACAGUCAAUUGCCAACAUAACUGGCCUCAACUUGGAUGAAGAAGUGUCAAAGAAGAAAUAG